UGGUUCUCCUGACAAAAGCAUUGGGGAUUGUGCCUCGGCCGUUGCGCUUUCCUCAGCCAUUGGGAAUUCAUAAAGCUGGUAACGCGUUGAUCGUCGUCUCGCCAGUCUUCUGUGUCUCGCAUUCUUUCUCUCAUCGUUCCGCGGGAGCUGCUGGAUUGGUCAGAAUCCUCUUUUGUUUCUAGCCGUCGAUUCCGAUCAGAGCAUUCCAGCCCCAGUCAGCCUGGUAUCUCGGAUUAAUUUCUAUUCGUCAUGACUCAAGUGCUGUGCGCCAGCGCUGCUGGCUGCAUGACGGCCAAAAGCUUGCCGUAUCCAUGCACCGUGCAAGGAUUGACAGAUAGACAUUCACCCGCUUCUCUGUUGACCAGCAUCCCAAUGCGAAGCAGCUUUUUGGGAAGCGUCCCGAAAGCGAACCGCAACCACAGGGUUUCGAAACGGCGAGCCUCGGGAUUGCCGGGUCGCGCUCGUGCAGAGGACACCAGCGAUGCGGUCGCUGAAACUCCACGGGUUGCAGCAACAGCCAAUGUCAAUGACAGGCUGACCACCGACGGUCCGCUUCUUCGUCCUCGAUCCGUUUCCAUACCGUUUGGGGAUCGAGAGAUCACCGUCGAGGUUGGACGGAUGGGUCGGCAGGCCAACGGCGCUGUGACUGUAACGGAUGGAGAGACGGUGCUGUACUGCACGGUGUGCGCGUCAGAGGAGGAGAGCGAGCCCUCGGAUUUCGUGCCUCUUUCUGUCAACUACCAGGAGAGGUUCAGCGCUGGGGGUCGCACCAGUGGAGGAUAUUUCAAGAGGGAAGGCCGUCCCAAAGACCACGAGAUUCUGGUAUCUCGCCUCAUUGACCGCCCUCUACGCCCCAUGGUGGCCAAGGGCUUCAACCACGAAGUGCAGGUCCUAUCAUGGCUGCUGAGCUACGAUGGGGAGCAUAGCCCUGACGCCCUUGCCAUCACUGCGGCUGGCGCUGCUCUAGCUGUAUCGGAUAUCCCCCUAGCGGGCAUAGUGGCGGGGGUGCGUGUGGGCAUGGUGAACGGCGCUCUAGUGGUGAAUCCAACCAACGAGCAGCUGAAGGGGUCGCAGCUGGACCUGGUGGUGGCUGGCACCACCGACUCUGUGCUCAUGAUCGAGGGCUAUUGCAAUCUUCUGUCUGAGGAACAGCUGCUGGAGGCGGUGCAAGCAGGACAGCAAGCCAUCAGUGCGAUUUGCCAUGGCUUACACAAGUGGACCCGCGAGGUGGAGGGAGUGGGCAAGCCCAAGCGCACAGCAGCCAUCCACUCGCCCCCCCCGGACCUGCUCGCCAGGCUCGAGGCCCUCGUAGGGGCGGACCUGGAGGGGGCGCUGAGGAUUGAGGCGAAGAAGCAGCGAGGGGCGGCUAUGAAGGCGGUUGAGGAGAGGGUGCUGGGCGCGCUGACAGAGGAGGGGCAGGCUGCCUUGAGAAAGGCGGCCACAGAGGAGGACGAGGAGGCAGAGCUGGCAGAGGAGGAGGGGAUCGUUGUGCCUCCAGGGGACGUGGACGAGGGGGAGGUGCAUGUGAAGGUCACAGGCACAGGGGUGGGGACGGGGACGGGGAAGGGGAAGCAGGCGCAUGUGGUGGAGGUUGCAUAUGACGUGGUGGACGUGAAGAAGCAGUUGAAAGAGCUCACUUCCAGGAUCAUGAGGCGAAUCGUUGUCACGGAGGGUCGGCGCAGCGAUGGUCGCGGGCCCAGCGAUAUCCGCCCCAUAGAGUCAGCCUGUGGCAUUCUGCCACGUGUCCAUGGCAGUGCCCUGUUCACCAGAGGCGAAACGCAGGCGCUGGCUGUGGCGACGCUAGGAGGGGAGGACAGUGCGCAGCGGCUGGACCAUCUCACAGCCACCACAGAGUUCAAGCGAUUCUACCUGCAGUACACCUUCCCCCCUUCCUCUGUGGGUGAGACCGGUCGUGCGGGGUUCACCAGCCGCAGGGAGGUGGGGCACGGCGCUCUAGCUGAGCGGUCCUUGGAGCCCGUGCUGCCAGACGCCACGGCCUUCCCCUACACCGUGCGGGUGGAAUCCACCAUCACUGAGAGCAACGGGUCGUCCAGCAUGGCAUCUGUGUGCGGCGGGUGCCUCGCCAUGCUCGAUGCAGGGGUGCCACUGCACUCCCCUGUAGCAGGAGUGGCCAUGGGCCUCAUUCUCCGCACGGAAGAAGCAGGGGGCGACGGCACCCCUGUCAUCCUUACAGACAUUCUGGGCUCAGAGGACGCCUUGGGGGAUAUGGACUUUAAAGUGGCGGGCAGUGCGCAGGGGGUGACGGCGUUCCAGAUGGAUAUUAAAGUUCAAGGAAUCACUAUCGAUGUGAUGCGCACUGCACUGGCGAGGGCCAAGGAGGGGCGCCUGCACAUACUGGGUGAGAUGGCAAAGUCCCAGCCGCCCCCGUCCAACAGCCUCUCGCAGUACGCCCCCCGGUGCGAGAGCCUUCAGGUUGACCCCGAGAAGGUGAAUCUGGUAAUUGGCAGUGGCGGCAAGACUAUAAAGAGUAUAAUCGAGGAGUCGGGGGUGGACUCCAUUAACAUUGAGGACGGCGGACAGCUGCGUAUCUACGCGCGGUCGGAGCAGGCGCUAGAGCUGGCGAAGGCGCGGAUAGAGGGGCUCACCAUGGUGCCUGAAGUGGGCGCCAUCUACAGAAAUUGUGUCGUGAAGACUGUUGUGCCGUACGGCGCUUUUGUGGAGUUGAAGCCAGGGAAAGAGGCUCUCGUUCACAUCAGUGAGCUCUCCACCGUGCGCCUCAACAAGUCGGAAGAUUUUGUAGCGGUUGGGGAUACUCUUGACGUCAAGAUUCUUGAGAUCAAUGCCAGGGGCCAGCUGAGGUUGAGUCACAAGGCCGUGCUUCUAGAGGAGGGUAGAGAGCCCAUGCCCACUAAUGGCACAUCUGCUGCAAGCACAUCAAGCCCUGAUGAACCAGUUGGGGAGAAGGGAAAUGCGGUGGGAGCAGGGAAGGGUGGAUCAGCUCUUCCUAGGGUUGCAAAACCUGCAUCCUUGGUGCCGAAGCCAAGGGGUAGGUGAUAGCGGAAGGAUUAGGUGGCGGAGACAAUGUUUAUACACUUUAAUUGUUGCCUGUCUACAUCUAGCAUUCACCCAAAAAACAAAGCUGCCAGCUGAGCUGCAAUGGUUAGCCAAACGAAUGAUACGUAAAUGCUGGGGAAUAUAUCACCCAAGGAAUGGUGCCUUCGUUAUUCAGGUGUGGGUUGUUCCUUCUAGCUUCAGCCAUGUACUUGCGGGGUUUCCAUGUA